CAGACAGAAUCAGCCUAAGAAAAAGAAACGGAAAAAAAGGUUUCCUUAAAUGUACAACACGUAAAGGCGUCAAGCGGCAGGCACGCUUAAAUCAUGAAUUUAUCGGCGAAUACUAAAGACUUGUAAAAUCAUUCAAAUAAUCCAUUAAAAUGACACAAGAAGUAAGAAAGGUGAAAAGGAAAGAUGCAAAGAAGGCUAAAGCAGAAAACGAAUCUAAAGUCGUUGAAACUACUAAAAAAGUUGAUCAGCAAAUCGAUUCAAAUGUCAAACCGAAGUACGGGCCGAUAGUGACGUUUCCGUACCAGCGAGUUUGGUCACGCUGUAUUCUGAUACUUGGCGUGUUAUUCGUUGUGUGGUACAACAGUAAAAAUGGCAAAGAGAUAUCAUUGGCCCAACAGAAGGAUGUCCUUUUGAGUAGGAACCAAGUCGUGGAAUGUUCCGACGAUUACAAAACCGAUUUGGAUACAUUUCCAAACUGCACACCUCAGAAGUGCAGUCGCGUAGUCACAGACAAACUGGUAUCGACUACGGAAGUAGAUGUUUUGCUGAGGAUUGCAAAGAGCGGUUUCAGCUUUGGAGGCUCGGCCGGAGGAGCUAGUAUACUCGAUUUGCACUCCGGAGCGCUCAGCAAGGGUUCCGGAAUGAUUAACAUUUACACAUUGAAUGCGGCGCGUGAGAUUUUCAACAGCGUUGAUCUUGCCAUUUACAAAGCUGUGAGGACGAAAAUACAGCAUACGGUAGCCCACAAUUUUGGAAUCGAUGCAAACAAUAUUUACUUAACACAUCCAACAUUCUUUUCUCGAAUGACUAACGAGCCUGCUAAAACCAUUCACGACGAGUAUUGGCAUCCGCAUGUAGACAAGGAAACCUACAAGUCAUUUUACUACACAUCGUUGGUAUAUUUGAAUGAUUUUGGAAAAGAUUUUGAGGGUGGUAGAUUCGUUUUCAUUGACAAGAACAAUGUAAACAUGACUGUUGAACCUCGAAAAGGUCGCGUAUCACUGUUCACAUCAGGAAGUGAAAAUUUACACCAGGUCGAGAAGGUAACGUCAGGAACACGGUACGCCUUGACUGUAUCUUUUACUUGCAACCCAGAUUAUUCAAUUUCGGAUCCUGCAUUCCAGCCUGCUAAAAAGAAAACAUAGCCCCGAAUGGGCGAUCAAUUAACAAGGUUUAUAAAUAUUUUUUGUAUUAAUCGAUCACUACGUUGUAUUAAACUGAGAACAAUUCAAUUAGUGAUAUUUAACAAGUGUUUUGGGUGAGUGGAUAAUUAAUUCCUCAAUAUUAAUCAUCACUAUCGAUCGAAAAGCGAUACGUAAUUCCUUCAACUUUGCAAUAUAUCAUAAGUCAAUUUGGUUCUUAUAAUUAUAUAAAUAUUUAUUUUUAUUUGGUACUUAACUCUGAACUAUAGCCGCGCCAAAGACCAUCCAGGAAUUGGUAAUAAGACAUAUCUAAUACAUUCCGAUGUAACCGUAGUAUUCUAAUUGUGUAAUAAAAUACUUGUCCUACAUAUUGUAUUCAGUAAUGUUCACUUCAAUUAUCACCCUAAAUAUUGCGCAUAAUAAAAAGAAAACACUGGUAUUCGAAAAAAAAUGGUACGUUUUUUCGACCUUAUUUCACACGAAUCUGCUAAACAGAAUUGAAUCAUUGGCCAUUACGAUAUAUUUAAUAAUUUAUUAUAUUUUUCAAUAUAUAAUAUAUACAACUACAAGGGUACAUUGUGCACAUUCUUUUGCAUAGUAUUCAACCGUUCGCAAUAAAAUCUAUUUUUAAGGCCAUUUCGGCGCGUAUGCAAGACUCAUUCUGAUUAUUGUGAACGAAGAUUUAUGCAACGAAUUUUCUUAUACAUUUAUGAGAAUUUCUUCGUCUUUUUCUUCUUUAACUUGUGAUGUUAAACAUAUUCUAUUAGUACAGCUAGUAUUAUAUUUAUGCGACAAUCUAUCAUUGGCGAAAUUAAUACACACAAUUAACCAACAAGAAAUAUAGAGAGUAAAAAAGAGAGAGUGAAACGUUGAAAAAUACAAAUAAUAACGUUUUGUUUUAUAUGUAUUGCAAUAUUAUACCACAGAGUUAAAGCAUACUUUAUAAUAAAAGUUGUACGUUUUGUCAUAUAGUUUUCGCAUGGGCAUUGCGAGUAUGAUUAAGAAAUGAGUAAUUUAUUUUCAUUAUGCGACCGAAAUAAAUUUUACACUUAAGAGUGUACUCAUACGUCAAGAAUAUGUCUUCGUUUAAAACAGUUUUUUAUUUUUUUGAUUUGUCACGCGAAUAUCACGCGUCACCGGUCGACGAAUAUAAAAACAAUAUACUCCCGAUUUAGUAAAUCACGAUAUUCUUAACUGAAAACAUUAACAAUUAUACGGUCAUUACAUGAAUCUCGCGAAAAACUCUAAAUCUUAAUACAAAUGCCCAACAGGAAUGAUUGAAUUAUCAUAUACAUAUAUUUAUUUAUGCUAUUAAAAUAAAUACAUCCUUCUCAUACAACUUGAUAAUAACAUCUCUGUCCACUGAGAGUUAUUAAAAAAUCGUAUAGGAACUCAUUCCAAGCUUCUUAACCAUUUUAAUCAGUGUUCCUUAGGAAAGAUUAGGAACCGAUGGUCUUGUUUAAAUAUCAAAUUCACGCUCACGUCGUUUGAAUCGGAUCCAUCUGUUGGACCAUUCUCAUAGA